AUGGGCCUUCUCCCCCUCAGCUACCGCCGUCCGGUUUACGUCAACAGUGUUUCCGUCAACGGGAGCUCUUCUGAUGUCUCGGACAGCGGUGAUGAAAAGGGUAGCACCACUUCUUCCUCCCUCAAGUCCGGCAAGUCUACCACUCCGGCUGGUAUUCCCGAAUCCCUAGCCUUUGACAAGAUCAUCAACGGCGGCACGUGUCCUCCUUGCACUGUCCGCGACUUCAUGAACUACCUCAUCUACAUUGAACUCGCGGCCGAGAACCUGCAGUUCUUCCUCUGGCACCGAGACUACACCAACCGCUUUCAGGAGGCCAAGACCACCGACCUCGCACUCGCCCCGGAAUGGACUUCGACUCAGGAAAACGAAAUUCUUCAACAAUUGUUCAAGGAGAAGUCGGAGCGUAUGCGCAAGAAGCCAGGCCAGGAAAUCUUCAAGGGUACCGACUUUGAAAAGAAGGGCCCCGUGGCCGCCGUUAUUGACGAUGGCAACCCUUUCUCGACCCCGCCCCGUACCCCGAACGACCAGGAGUCUGUCUACACGGGCUCCAACGGCGUGUCGAACGCCGACUCCUACCGGUCACAGGCCAGCGAGGCUUUCGCAGCCGUGGGUGCCAAGCAGCCGUUCACUAUCCAACCCUUCCGCGAAGAGAUUGACCGUGUUGUUGCUACUUACAUCAUGGACGGAUCGCCUCGUCAGCUAAACCUGUCCGCCAAGGAUCGUGAUGCUACCCUUCACGCCCUGGCAAACACCACCCAUCCCUCGGCCUGCCGCAUCGCCCUCAAGGUCGUUGAGGACUCGCUGCGCAAGCAAGCUCACCCCAACUUCAUUCGCUGGUCGAUCUGCAACGGCAACCCCGCCCGCGUGUUUUUCGCUCGCGCCCUCGGUGUCAGUCUUAUUGCUAUCGCCUUCGUCGUCGCCAUCUUGAUCACUCUCAGCCGGGCAGGCCGCGGCUGGCGCGCUCUGGCAGCCAUCGGCUGGGUUUUGGGUAUCUCAACCCUCGUCGCCGCCUACAAGGGCAUGUGCGUCGUCCUGCACGGCAUGCAUCACCGCCACGUCCGCCCCUGGGAGUUGUUCGUCGACGAGGAAAGCGAAGAAGAGAGGCGGAAGACCUCAUUCGAGUCGAUCGGAUCCUCCAAUAGCUUUGAGUCGGAACCGUGGAUUGUCAAGUACGAGAAGCGCAAUGUCAUCCGCAAGAUCUUCGACCGCGAGGUUUGGAUCGAGGAGCCUGCACUCCGCACCAUCCAGGACACUAUCUUUCUCCAGGCCAUGCUUUGUGCCCUGUUGAUCGGUGGCAUCUUGACUGCUAUCUUCGUGGCCAUUCCUCACCGCGGAUACUUCUAG